AUACAAAAUCGGUAAUUAUGUUUGGCAAAUACAUGAAGAAAUGAUAGGACUCUGCACUUUCACUUUUAACAUUCGUUUUUAAAACAAAUAUUUGUAAGUCACCCUGCAACCCGUUGGGAUGUCUAAUCAAAGGUUUCGAUUAACAGAUUUUCACUUGCACUGGAACUUUUACUUUUCUAAUAGGAUUAACAAAUGUCUUUAACGUUUUAUUAUUAACAUCACAAGUUCUGCACAAAAUACCCUUCGUUUACAAGGCAUAAACCGUAUUUCACAAUGCGGACAAAAAUUCCUCAAAGGUUAGUAACCUAGGAUUGUUGGAAAAAUUCCUAAAAAUUGAAACUGUUUCUGUGACGGAAAAGCUAUUUUGUGACGUAAAGUGAGGAUAUUGUGGUAGAUACCGGGACAUUCCAUUAUUUUGGCUAUAAAUGCUGCGUUAAAGAUGGAAAAAACAGUAUGGGAGCUUAAAGAAAGCACAUUGGACAGUAAGACAAAUUGGACAACACAAUAUGGCUAGUUUCACACUACAAAGACUGAGUAUCGCGUUGAAUGUGAUAUUCUUCGUGCUACUCGUCGUAAUGAUGAUUUACUAUGAAACCAGGCGUGAUAGCAGAAAUUUAAAGUUUCCACAAAGACAUCAGUUUCUCUACUCCGUCUUUAAAAAAGAUGACAAUAUAGAAUCUACAACUAGUCUGCCAAAACGAAGCAUAAAACUUCCGCCAACUUCAACUAAUCUUCCCCAAAGUUUGACCAAUCCAACGUUAUCAGGAUUUAACGUAACUAAUAACGACACAAAAAAUAUGGCGUCAUUUAUAACAGCAGUAGGAUGUUCAAAUUGUGUCACGGCUGAAGAAGAUUUUUUCCAAUUCUCAACAUUUUUACAAGGAACAAAUAUGAAAGGAAAUGAACUAAAGAAAAAUAUCGAAGUUCUGCGAUGUUAUUUUGCUGACAUUUUACCUGAUAAUAAGUUGGAUGAUAAGAGUACAGCUGCUUGCAGUAACCACCAAGGAACUACUUUUACGUUUCGGGAUCAAGUCUUAUUUAAGAGUAUCAGAAAUUAUAACAACAACGACACGAUUUCGCUUUCCCAAAUAUCGCAACUGCUACAACAGUUUUAUAAAAGUUUAAAUCUUAUGGAAGCAUACGAGAAAGAUGUAUUAAAGAACAAAACAAGAGUUGCAUUUCCAGAACAAAUAUCUAAAAUAAGAAAAGGAUUGGUUAAAUUUACAGCAGACAUGCGUCUUAUAAGAAAGAAUCUGUUGACAUGUGAAUGUAUCUUCAAUCCAUUUUACGAGAAAAAAAUUGGUCAAGUAGUUUUGGAAUUUGAUGAUCCAAUUUUUACUCAACUCAACACGAGCAUAGUAGAAAAAGAAUUAGCAGUCAUGAAGCAGUUGGAGAUGACUUUUCAGUUAGUCAAAGAGAUCCUUGGACAUCGUAGACGCUGUUUGCGGUGAAGUAAUCCGAUAAAUAUAAAUAGCUAUUAUGUAUAGGAGAUUACGAAAAUUUAUUAUUAGAUUUAGGGUGUAAAAAUUAAUUAACUAGACAUAUGCUAUAGGUUUGGUUGCCAUGAGCUUAUUUUUUAAACUUAAUCGCAUGUUCGCAUUGACUUGUCAAAAGAAACUCUGUUUGAUAAAAACAUGCUGCAUGCUUGUUUUUUGUUCCUACUCAUGAGAUGAUAGAGACAUGUUGUUAAGCUUUAUUGAAGUGCUCAAUGUAAUGAGUACACCUUAAAUUUUGAGUUUUUUGCAAAAAUUUCUAGUUGGUAUGUACGCUCUGCUUACCACCGCCGCUCACACUAUUUAAGCCCAUUGAUAACAAUUUUUUUAUUUACAAGAAAGUAUUAAAUUAUAUUAUAGAAGACUGUUGUAUUUAUCUAUUUAUAAGUUUUGAAAAUUUGGAAAAAGAGCAUGUAAUUUUUUAGUCAAUAUUUUUUACGACGCAUUAUGUAUUAGUAUUUGUUAUAUAUUUAUUCCCGUUAAAUGUUUGUACUGUUUUAUAUUUAUGCUGAAAAUUGUUCUUUGAUAUUUACUUAGCUAGUCAUUCUUGUGCCAACAUCAAAAUUAGUUGUGAAUUAAAUUGAUUAAGUGGUGAAAAAUGUGGAAAGGAUGAGCACAGAAGUAGACAGUCUGUCACUACAUCCAACUUUAGUAAACGCCUAUUAAGGCAAGAAGUAACAGUUUUCAUUUGUGAAGGGCGUGGAUAGUGCUCCUCUUUUUGAUCUUUCUGAUGUCCUACUGUCUGUUUUAUCGCUGCGUAACAAACUUAAUUAGCUUAUUAAAAUUUUGUAUUGUUGGAAACCGAUUAUUGAAAGAAAUAUCUACAGGAAAUAUCAUUCCGGUGCCACCAUUGAUCAUACUUUUUUUGUGCUGGAAACGACAGUUGUUAUAAUUUCCAAUUUAAUUCAAACAAGAUACAUGUUUUCUUAUAAGUAUGUAAAAAUUCGAAAUCAAGCUGGGAACUGGAAUAUGUUCAUGCAAAAAGCCCUGUCAGGCUUUCAAUACACCUACAAACUUGGUCAAGAUAUGUCAGAUGAGACAGAUAAUUCUGAAGCUUGGCACCACAAUAAACUGCGUAGACUACAUUUUCUAUUUUAGAUUCAUACAUUUUGAACUUGUCAAUGUUCAGAGCGGACAUAGAACUUAUGAUGUAAGGCUAUUUGGUUAGGUCUAAACUCUUAAGAUGUCCUAAUUGUUGCUGACGUCAGCAUGACCAUUUUU